AUGAGACUUGUAGCUUUCUGUGAAUUACGUAGAAUUCUUUUUGAGAGAAACUUGGUACAUGAGACUAUCUACAUGCCUAUUACAGAGCAGGUGUUGAUGUUUUUGCAUACUAUUGGCCAUAAUGUUAGGUUUCGAGUUGUUGAUGCCAGGUUCCAUAGAUCGACUAAGACAACUCAUCGAUAUUUUAAAAUUGUCCUUAAAGCAAUUUUGCAGUUAUAUAGGCAUGUUGUUAGAUUACCUGACAACUCUACACCCCCAAAGAUAAGGAAUAGUAGAAGGUUUUAUCCUUAUUUUAAGGAUUGUGUAGGAGUAAUUGAUGGAACUCAUGUUCGUGCAUCUGUUCCAAUUGAAAUCCAAGGAAGGUUUCGUGGUCAAAAGGGGGGGACAGCACAAAAUGUGUUAGUUGCAAUUACGUUUGACUUGAGAUUCACCUAUAUGUUAGCUGGUUGGGAAGGUAGUGCUCAUGAUUCUCGUAUUCUAAAUUAUGCACUUAGUAGACCAAGGGGACUUAAAAUACCAAAAGAGUUUAGUGAUCAUCUACCUGAAAAUGCAAAAGAAUUAUUCAACCUUCGUCAUUCUUCUUUGCGAACUACCAUUGAGCGAGGGUUUGGAGUUAUAAAAAAAGGUUUUCGUGUCUUGGAUGCAAAACCAUUUUGGUCUUUUAAUACACAAGCGGAUGUAGUUUUAGCAUGUGGUGUUAUUCACAAUCACAUCAUGGGGGUUGAUCCUAAUGACCCAAUUAUGCAAGCUGAAACAUGUGAGACAGAGUCUAGUGAUCGAGUCCAACCUAGCCGACGCGAAGCUAUAGUGGAAAGUAGAGAAUGGAAUAAUAAGAGGGAUGAGAUAUGUCAAAUUGUCCUUUUGGCUAUAGCAAUGUCCAAGAACAAGGGGAAAGAAGUUUUAAAAAACAAGGAGAAAGAACCAGGAUCUCAACUUAGGUGGACACAACCAAUGUGUGACAUUCUGUUUAAAAUGUUGGUUGUUGAGGCUGAACAAGGCAACAAGCCCUCAAACAAAUAUAAGCCUCAAUCCCUUGACAAAGUGGCAAAAGAAAUUGGUGUGAAGUUUAAUAUAGAGUGUCAUGCAUCACAUGCUCAUCCCACUCAUGCGCCAUAUUUAAAUAAAAAAAUUGAACAAUAUGAUGAGAUGGCUAUUGUUGUUGGUAAGGACAUGGCAACUGGUGGCUUUUCAAAGCAAUGGAGUGAACGUUCUCCAUUGAUUGCAGUAGCUAUUACAGCUCUUAGUCAUGACCUUGUUAAUACAAAUGAGCUUCAUAAAGUAGUGAUGAAUGUUGAAGGCUGCGAAGAAGACAUGCUUGAUGAAGCUUUUGAUCAUUUGGUUAAUGAUGAAAAGGCAGGAAGGGCCUUUAUGGCUAAAAAUGGUAGGAUGAGAAAGCUUUAG